AACCAUAUUUUCAUUCCUUGUUCAGCCAUGUGCAAAGACUCAUGGCAUAAAAGAGAGAGCUCUUUCACUAGAAGCUAACUAGACGAGAAGUCACUGCUAUCAUAACACACUUAUAGCUGAGUUUCAGAAAAAGCAUGGCUUUUUUCAAAGCGACCAUCUUUGCAUUGCUCGUGGCUGUAGCUAUUGCCAAACUAAAUGUCCAUCGCCCAGCAACUGAAGGACUGAAGGCUGCUGCUGAGAGACAGGAGCCCAACAUGCGGGGAUUUUUGUUUGGGAAAGGACUUCAGACUCACCAAAAUGAAAAGACUGGCUUAAAGGAAGAAUUUGAAACCGCGGAAAGAGGCGAUGAAGAAUUUGAAACCUCCGAAGAAGAUGAUCACUACACGCUAAUGGAGAAAGUUAAAAACAUCCUUGAGCGCAUUGAGAAACAGUGCUUUAAGAAACGCUGUAAAUGUAAUGACAAAAAAGGAAUAAUCCAAAAUAAAUGCAGUACCAAAGCCUUAAGCUCUUGUUUCGAUAGCGGCAAGAGUUGCUGUGUGUAUAAAAAGGUGUAGACUUUUCACACUUCAUGUGAUCUUUUUAAGUACAUUUUAUUGGUUGUUUAAGUAAACAUUGUCUUACCAACAAA